GCAGUGAGCGCGUGGUGUUUAUUUAUGUGUGAGGACGAGAUUGUUCAAUCGCGGUGUUAAGCUUCUGUUUUGUUUUAAUUGCGAACUUGAGAGACGACGAUACAGAGCGAGGAAGACGACAGGACUCGCACAAGCACAGCAGCGCAACCCCGCCUCACUCCCCACGACACUCUCGCUCCGCGCGCAACUGUCGCAUCCACAUCAGCAGCGAUGAACAUCGACCUCCCCCUCCGCCCCGCCAAUGGGCGCGGCGACAGUAACACCAGCAACAGCAACAGCGCGACCAGCAGCGGGAUCGGCAGCGUCGGCGACCGCGGGCGCCCGUUCUUCACUUCAUCAUCCCCCUCUACUACUGCUGCCGCGGGGGCGAAUAUCGGGGGUGGCAACGGGACACCGCAGUACCGGAUGCCGGUGCGGACGUCGGCGCAGUCGGAGGCGGAGGCGAUUGCGGGGCCGGUGAGGGAGGUGGCGCCGAUGAAUGAUCGGUUGAUUGUUGGGGUUGAUUUUGGGACUACGUAUUCGGGUGUCGCGACGGUAUAUACAUCCACCCCCGACGAUGUGGAGAUCAUCAAAACAUGGCCCGGCGGAAACGGUAUCACCUCCGACAAAGUGCCCACCGAGAUCUCCUACGCCGCCCUCCCCUCCGCAACAGCCGGUGGCGAAGACACUAUCAAGCCACGAUGGGGAUUCAUGUUCAAGCCCGAAGAGCCGCGUUUACGCUGCAUGAAGCUAUUCCUCGACCGGAGCCAGAAACUCCCCUUCUACGUGUCGCCGAAGGAGACAGCGACGCAGCUUAAGAAGCAUAAUAAGACUGUUGUCGACGCGGUUAGCGAUUACCUGACUGAGAUCUACAAGCACACCAUGGACACGCUUGCGCGGCGGUACGGGGACGCAUUUAUGAGCACUACGAAGGUGGAGUUCGUGCUGACGUGUCCGGCGGUGUGGUCUGACGCAGCUAAAAACACGACGUUGCUUGCGGCGGAGAAGGCGGGGAUGGGAUCGAAGGAGGAGAUUCAGAUGAUUUCCGAGCCGGAGGCGGCGGCUGUGUAUGCACUCAAGACGAUCCAGCCGAAUCACUUGUCGGUGGGGGAUAACUUUGUUGUGUGUGAUGCGGGUGGCGGGACGGUGGAUUUGAUUGCGUAUAAAAUCAUGUCGCUGAAGCCGCUGCGGGUGGAGGAGUCGGCGGUUGGCACGGGUGGGCUGUGUGGGAGUGCGUUCCUGAAUUAUCGGUUUGAGGAGCAUGUGCGGGAGCGUGUGGGCGCGACGAAGUUUGAUGAGAUGAAGGCGAAGAAGCAGAAGACGUGGCAGAUGGGGUUGAAAUACUUUGAGGAGUUCGUUAAGCGCAACUUCAACGAGGAGGAGCAUGGCGAAGUUAAUAUCCCCUUUCCCGGGCUGCCGGACGAUGAGGAGGCGGGGAUUGAUUGUGGGUUCCUCGUCAUGACGGCGGCGCAGGUGAAGGAUAUCUUCGAGCCCGUCGUGAAGGAGGUGUGCGAUCUCGUGCAGGGACAGGUAUCCGGGAUCCGCGCGAAGGGCGGAAUCGUGUCGGGAAUUGUGUUAGUAGGGGGAUUCGGGCAGAGCAAUUACCUAUACAAGCGGUUGAAGGCGAACUUCAACACCGCGGCGCCGCCGCCGUACAGCGAGAGGCCGACGCAUGCGCAGGCGAAUGACCUGGUGAAUAAUGGGUCGGUUGAGGUGAUGCAGCCGGUGUAUGCGUGGACGGCGGUGGUGAGGGGGGCGGUGCUCAGGGGGCUCGAGGGGAGUAUGGUGGUGUCGAGGAAGAGUAGGUAUCAUUAUGGGACGAGCUAUGCGACGGUGUAUGAUGAGGAUAAACAUGCUGUUGGAGAAAGGUAUUGGAGUCCGCUGUGGGAGCGGUGGAUGGUCAGUGAUCGGAUGCAGUGGCAUAUUUCCAAGGGCGAGGAUCUCUCUCCCAUAACACCCAUCUCCUUUCACUACACGCGCAACUUCCGGCCUGGGCAGUCCCUCAUUGUCUCCGAUGACCUGAUCGCCUGCGAUGAGACCGCCCCACCAGGAGCCUAUUCCCGUGAUCUGAUCAACGUGUGCACGCUGACGACGGAUCUGGGGGCUGUGCCGAAGAGCUUGUUCACGCGGCUGACGACGACGAGGGGCGUUGAGUUCGAUAACCUCGACUUCACGCUCGAGAUGGUGGUCGGGAGUGCGGGGUUGGGGUUCAUGUUGAAGGUUGAUGGGGUGAGGUAUGGGAGUGUUGUUGCGGAGUUUCAUUAAGGGGGGUGGGAGAGGGGUUAAGUAUAGAUGAUGAGUAGUUGGGUAAUGCUAGAUGGAUAUAUGCAUGGAUUGGAUGGGAUAUAUAUAUGAGCAAUAAAUUCCUAACGUAUAUAACGUGUAGUUUCCGUUGGUCUUUGGAGAUAGGAUUUAUAGGACUAUUGGUAACACUUAGUGGCCAUCGAAGCUCCUUGGAUGCACACAUCUAUGACCACCAAGCCAACGAUAUUGGUUGUUACGAGUGCCAUGGUCCCUGGGCGCACAAUGCUGUGAACCGAGAUAAUGGUUGGAUUGAGCUGUUAUAAUAGUGGAGCGCGGUGUUAAUUCCUUGAAGCUGCUGCCUAUUCUCCAUGCGGG